AUGGCAGGGCCCCGGGGCCUCCUCCUGCUCUGCCUCCUGGCCGUCUGCCUAGCAGGCUCCCGCAUCGUCGGGGGGCAGAAGGCAGUGGGUCCUGUUGUUCUCCCCCUGAGGAAGCUAAAGCUCAAGGAUGGUGUUCAGGUGUGGUCCAGACGCUGCGAUGUGAAGACCAAGUUUGUCACUCACAUACCCUGCACCGUGUGCCCCGCCAUCAAGAAGCGGGUGUGCCCCUCAGGCUGGCUUCGUGAGUUCCCGGAGAAGAUAUCACAGGACUGCCGCUACGAGGUGCAGCUAGGGAGCUCUCUGGUGUCCAUGAGCGGCUGCAGCGUGGAGUGCUGGAAGGACGUGGUGCAGAAGGCCUGCUGCCCUGGCUACUGGGGGUCCCAGUGCUAUGAGUGCCCAGGAGGGGCAGAGACCCCGUGCAACGGCCAUGGCACCUGCCUGGAUGGCAUAGACAGGAAUGGGACCUGCGUGUGCCAGGAAAGCUUCAGUGGCUCCGCCUGCCAGGAAUGCCGAGACCCCAACCGGUUCGGGCCUGCCUGUCAGUCAGUGUGCAGCUGUGUGCAUGGCGUGUGCAGACAUGGGCCACUCGGGGAUGGAAGCUGCCUGUGCUUUGCUGGGUACACUGGACCCCACUGUGACCAAGAGGUGCCCGAGUGCCAGGCCCUGCACUGUCCCCGCAACUCCCAGUGCUCUGCAGAGGCCCCCGCCUGCAAGUGCCUGCCUCCCUACACCCAGCAGGGCGGCGAAUGCCAAGCCCCUGACCCCUGCCGGCCAUCGCCCUGCUCCCCACUGGCCCAGUGCUCAGUGAGCCCCACCGGGCAGGCACAGUGCCGCUGCCCCGAGAACUACUACGGCGACGGGACAGUGUGUCUGCCCCAGGACCCGUGCAGCACCAACAAUGGUGGCUGCCCCAGCAACUCCACCUUGUGUCUGUACGAGGGGCCCGGCAAGGCCUCCUGCACGUGUAAGCCAGGCCUUGUCAGCAUCAACGGCAAUGCCUCUGCAGGCUGCUUUGCCUACUGUUCCCCCUUCUCCUGUGACCGGUCAGCUACCUGCCAGGUGACCCCUGAUGGAAAGACCAGCUGUGUGUGCAAGGAGGACCAGGUUGGGGAUGGGCGUGCCUGCUACGGACACCUGCUCCACGAGGUGCAGAAGGCCAGUGCCAGCGUGACAAGGGUCCUGGGACUGAGAACCGCUCUCGCCAUGCUAGAUGACGGCUGCCGGCAGAUCCUCACCACAUCGGGCCCAUUCACCGUGCUGGUGCCGUCCCUCUCCUCCAGGAUCUCCUGGACCAUGAACGCGUCCUAUGCCCAGCAGCUCUGCAGACAGCACAUCAUCGCAGGGCAGCACAUACUGGAGGACUUAGGGGCCCAGCAGCAAACACGCAGGUGGUGGACACUGGCUGGGCAGGAGAUCACUGUCACUUUCAACCGCUUCAUGAAAUACUCCUACAAAUACAAAGACCUGCCCCAGCACACAUUCACCGUCCACAAGGCCAACUACCCAGCAGCUAACGGCGUCUUCCACGUAGUCACUGUCCUGCGGUGGCAGCCCCCACCAGCGCUCCCGACUGACCCCAAGAAAACCAUUGGCCAGAUCCUUGCCUCCACUGAAGCCUUCAGCCGGUUUGAAACCAUCCUAGAGAACUGUGGGCUGCCCUCCAUCCUGGACGGGCCCGGGCCCUUCACAGUCUUUGCCCCAAGCAACGAGGCUGUGGACAGCUUGCGUGACGGCCGCCUGAUCUACCUCUUCACAGCGGGUCUCUCCAAACUGCAGGAGCUGGUGAGGUACCACAUCUACAACCAUGGCCAGCUGACGGUUGAGAAACUCAUCUCCAAGGGUCGCGUCCUCACCAUGGCAAACCAGGUCCUGGCUGUGAACAUCUCUGAGGAGGGGCGCAUCCUGCUGGGACCUGCGGGCGUCCCGCUGCGGAGGGUGGAUGUGCCGGCUGCCAACGGCGUGAUCCACAUGCUGGAGGGCAUCCUGCUGCCCCCAACCAUCCUGCCCAUCCUGCCCAAGCACUGCAGCCAGGAGCAGCACAAGAUCGUGGUGGGCUCCUGUGUGGACUGCCACGCCCUGAACACCAGUAGCACCUGCCCCCCUAACAGCGUGAAGCUGGACAUGUCCCCUGAGGAGUGUGUCUACACCCAUGACCCUUCUGGCCUCAACAUCCUGAAGAAGGGCUGCGCGCACUACUGCAACCAGACCUUCCAGAAGCCUGACUGCUGCAGAGGGUUCUUUGGGCCUGACUGUGCGCAGUGUCCCGGGGGCUUCUCCAACCCCUGCUAUGGCAAAGGCAACUGCAGCGAUGGCGUCCUGGGCAACGGGGCCUGCCUCUGCUUCCCAGACUACAAGGGCGUCGCCUGCCACAUCUGCUCCAACCCCAACAAGCAUGGAGACCAGUGCCAGGAAGAUUGCGGCUGUGUCCAUGGUCUAUGUGACAAUCGUCCAGGCAGUGGAGGGGUGUGUCAGAGUGGCACAUGUGCCCCAGGCUUCAGCGGGCGCUUCUGCAACGAGUCCACCGGGAACUGUGGGUCCACGGAGCAGGCCCAGAACUGCCACCUGCACGCCCGCUGUGUCAGCCAGGGGGGCAUCGCCAGGUGUCUCUGUCUCGAUGGCUUUGAGGGCGAUGGCUUCUCCUGCGCACCCAGCAACCCCUGCUCCCGCCCUGACCGUGGAGGCUGCUCAGAGAACGCCGAGUGUGUCCCUGGGGCCCUGGGCACCCACAACUGCACAUGCCACAAAGGCUGGAGCGGGGACGGCCGUGUCUGCGUAGCCAUUGACGAGUGUGAGCUGGACACGCGAGGCGGCUGCCACGCUGACGCCCUCUGCAGCUACGUGGGACCCGGGCAGAGCCGGUGCACCUGCAAGCUGGGCUUUGCCGGGGACGGCUACUCGUGCAGCCCUAUCGACCCCUGCAGGGCAGGCAACGGUGGCUGCCAUGACCUGGCCACCUGCCAGGCAGUCGGGGGAGGCCAGCGGGUCUGCAAAUGCCCCCCUGGCUAUGGGGGUGAUGGCUUUGGUUGCUACGGAGACAUCUUCCGGGAGUUGGAGGCAAAUGCCCACUUCUCUGUCUUCUACCAGUGGAUCAAGAGAGCUGGCAUCACGCUUCCUGCCGACAGCCGAGUCACAGCCCUGGUGCCCUCUGAGUCUGCCAUCCACAGGCUGAGCCCUGAGGACCAGGCAUUCUGGCUGCAGCCUAGGAUGUUGCCACAACUGGUCAGGGCCCAUUUUCUCCAGGGGGCCCUCUCUGAGGAGGAGCUGGCCCGGCUGGGCGGGCAGCAGGUGGCCACCCUGAGCCCCACCACACGCUGGGAGAUUCACAACGUCAGUGGGAGAGUCUGGGUGCAGAAUGCCAGCUUGGACGUGGCUGACCUCCUUGCCACCAACGGUGUCCUGCAUGUCCUCAGCCAGGUCCUACUGCCUCCCAGGAAGGACGUGCCGGCGGGGCAGAGCCUGCUGCAGCAACUGGACUCAGUGCCUGCCUUCCGCCUCUUCCGGGAGCUGCUGCAGCACCACAGUCUGGUGCCCCAGAUUGAGGCCGCCACCGCCUACACCAUCUUCGUGCCCACAAAUCACUCUCUGGAGGCCCAGGGCAACCACAGCAGCCUGGAUGCAGACACGGUGCGACACCACGUGGUCCUGGGGGAGGCGCUCUCCUCGGAAGCCCUGCGGAGGGGGGGGCACCGCAACUCCCUCCUGGGCCCCGCUCACUGGCUUGUCUUCUACAACCACAGCGGCCAGCCUGAGGUGAACCACGUGCCGCUGGAAGGCCCGGUGCUGGAGGCUCCUGGCCGCUCGCUCUUCGGCCUGUCGGGCGUCCUGACGGUGGACUCGAGCCGCUGCCUGCAUAGCCAUGCCGAGGCCCUGAGGGAGAAAUGUGUAAACUGCUCCCGGAAAUUCCGCUGCACCCAGGGCUUCCAGCUGGAGGACACUCCCAAGAAGAGCUGCGUCUACCGAUCUGGCUAUUCCUUCUCCCGGGGCUGUUCUUACACGUGUGCCAAGAGGAUCCAGGUGCCCGACUGCUGCCCCGGUUUCUUUGGCACCCUGUGCGAGCCAUGCCCGGGGGGUCUGGGUGGGGUGUGCUCGGGCCGCGGACAGUGCCAGGACAGGCUUCUGGGCAGUGGGGAGUGCCGCUGCCACGAGGGCUUCCACGGAACAGCCUGUGAGAUGUGUGAGCUGGGCCGCUACGGGCCCAACUGCACUGGAGUGUGCGCCUGUGCCCACGGGCUGUGCCAGGAGGGGCUGCGAGGGGACGGAAGCUGUGUCUGUAAUGUGGGCUGGCAGGGCCAACGCUGUGACCAGAAAAUCUCUGGCCCUCAUUGCCCAACGAAGUGUGACCCUAAUGCCAACUGCGUGCAGGACUCGGCGGCGGCCCCUGCCUGCGUCUGUGCCGCGGGGUACUCGGGCAAUGGCACCUACUGUUCAGAGGUGGACCCCUGUGCUCAUGACCACGGGGGCUGCUCCCCCCACGCCAACUGCACCAAGGUGGCGCCUGGGCAGCGGACGUGCACCUGCCAGGAUGGCUACGCGGGCGAUGGGGAGCUGUGCCAGGAAGCUAACAGCUGUCUCAUCCACCAUGGGGGCUGCCACAUGCACGCAGAAUGUAUUCCCACAGGCCCUCAGCAGGUCUCCUGCAGCUGCCGCGAGGGUUACAGUGGGGACGGCAUCCGGACGUGUGAGCUCCUGGACCCCUGCUCCCAGAAUAAUGGAGGCUGCAGCUCCGAUGCCGUGUGCAAAAGCACAGGAGACGGUCAGAGGACGUGCACCUGUGACCCAGCCCACACCGUGGGUGAUGGCUUCACCUGCCGUGGCAGCAUCAGCCUGGAACUCAUUCGCGACAGGCACGCCUCUUUCUUCAACUUCAACCUUUUGAAUUACCCCGAAAUCAAGGGCAACGGGCCUUUCACAGUCUUCGUGCCGCGUGCGGAUCUAAUGACCAACCUGUCGCAGGAUGUACUGGCCCGGAUUAGAGCCCAUCGCCAGCUGGUGUUUCGCUACCAUGUGGUGGGCUGCCGGCAGCUGCGGGGCCCCGAUCUGCUAGAGGAAGGCUAUGUCACCACGCUCUCAGGGCACCCGCUUCGCUUCAGCGAGAAGGAGGGCAACAUAUACAUCAAUGACUUCGCACGAGUGGUGAGCAGUGACCAGGCGGUGGACGGCGUCUUGCACUUCAUUGACCGUGUCCUGCUGCCGCCGGACGUGCUACACUGGGAGCCUGAGGAGGCCCCGGUCCUGCGGAGAAAUGUCACCGCCGCUGCGGACAGCUUCGGUUACAAGAUUUUCAGCAGCCUUGUGACGGUGGCUGGUCUCCUGCCGCUACUUCGAGAUGAGUCCAAUAGGCCCUUCACAAUGCUGUGGCCCACAGACUCUGCCCUGCGAGCCCUGCCGCCCGACCGCCGGGCCUGGCUGUACCACGAGGACCACCGAGACAAGCUGGCAGCCAUUCUUCUGGGCCAUGUGAUCCGUAACACACGGGCCUCGGCGUCUGACCUGCCCAACCUGGGCCCACUUCGCACCUUGUACGGGAACCCCAUUUCCUUCUCGUGCAGCCGGGCUCGGCCGGGUGAGCUCAUGGUGGGUGAGGAUGGUGCCCGAAUUGUGCAGCGGCACCUGCCCUUUGAAGGUGGCGUGGCCUAUGGCAUUGACCAGCUGCUGGAACCACCUGGCCUUGGAGCCCGCUGUGACCGCUUUGAGACUCGGCCCCUGUGGCUGAAGAUUUGCAGCGUCUGCGGGCAGGAACCGCCAUGCCCCGAGGGCUCACAGGAGCAGGGAAGCCCCCAGGCCUGUCUGCGCUACUUCUCCAAGCUCUGGACGUCCCCUGCCCUGCGCUCCUUUGCACUGCGCAACCUCUGGGGCCAGCCCCAGCGUCUGGCCAGGGGCUGCCACCGCAACUGUGUCACCACCACCUGGAAGCCCAGCUGCUGCUCUGGUCACUACGGCAGCGAGUGCCGCGCUUGCCCUGGGGGUGCCAGCCACCCCUGUAGUGACCAUGGCGUGUGCAUGGACGGCAUGAGCGGCAGCGGGCAAUGCAGGUGCCAUUCGGGGUUUGCUGGGACAGCCUGUGAGCUCUGCGCCCCAGGGGCCUUUGGGCCCCACUGCCAAGCCUGUCGCUGUACCCCUCAUGGACACUGUGAUGAGGGCCUUGGGGGCUCUGGCUCCUGCUUCUGUGAUGAGGGCUGGACCGGGCCACUCUGUGAAGUGCAGCUGGAGCUGCAGCCUGUGUGCGCCCCACCCUGUGCACCCCAGGCAGUAUGCCGUGCAGGCAACAGCUGCGAAUGCAGCCUGGGCUACGAAGGGGAUGGCCGCACGUGUACAGUGCCGGACCUGUGCCAGGAUGGGCGUGGUGGCUGCAGUGAGCAUGCCAACUGCAGCCAGGUAGGGACAGUGGUCACCUGUGCCUGCCUGCCAGACUACGAGGGUGAUGGCUGGAGCUGCCGGGCCCGCAACCCCUGUGAAGACAGCCACCGAGGGGGCUGCAGCGAGCACGCGGACUGCCUGAGUACCGGCCCAAACACACGGCGCUGUGUGUGCCACGCCGGUUAUGUGGGUGAUGGACUGCAGUGUCUGGAGGAGCCCGAGCCACCCGUGGACCGCUGCCUGGGCCAGCCCCCGCCAUGUCACGUGGAUGCCGUGUGCACGGACCUGCACUUCCAGGAGAAACGGGCUGGUGUCUUCCACCUCCAGGCCACCAGCGGCUCUUAUGGUCUGAACUUCUCUGAGGCUGAGGCAGCAUGUGGGGCCCAGGGAGCUGUCCUUGCUUCUCUUCCUCAGCUCUCGGCUGCCCAGCAGCUGGGCUUCCACCUGUGCCUUGUGGGCUGGCUGGCCAACGGCUCAGCUGCCCACCCCGUCGUUUUCCCUGAGGCAGACUGUGGUGCUGGUCAGGUGGGCGUCGUCAGCCUGGGCACCCGGAAGAACCUGUCGGAGCGCUGGGAUGCCUACUGCUACCGUGUGCAAGAUGUGGCCUGCCGAUGCCACGAUGGCUUUGUGGGUGAUGGGACCAGCACGUGCAACGGGAAGCUGCUUGAUGUACUAGCCGCCACCGCCAACUUCUCCACCUUCUACGGGAUGCUGCUGGACUAUGCAAAUGCCACUCCUCGAGGUCUUGCCUUCCUGGAUUUCCUGGACGAUGAGCUCACCUACAAGACACUCUUUGUCCCGGUCAAUGAAGGCUUUGUGGACAACAUGACACUGAGUGGCCCGGACCUGGAGCUGCAUGCCUCCAAUGCUACCUUCCUUAGCACCAACGUCAGCCAGGGUACCUUGCUCCUCUCCCGCUCAGGCCUCAGACUUGUCAUCAGUGGUGUGGACUCGGACAACAGUUCUAGGGCCCCUGUGGCCCCAAGGACAGUUGUGGUUAGCCAUGUCAUCGUGUGGGACAUCAUGGCCUUCAAUGGCAUCAUCCAUACUCUGGCCAGCCCCCUCCUGACACCCCCACAGCCCCGGGCGGUGGUGGCACCCGAGGCCCGACCUGUGGCAGCAGGCGUGGGGGCUGUGGUAGCCGCUGGAACAUUGCUGGGCCUGGUGGCUGGAGCCGUCUACCUCCGUGCCCGAGGCAAGGCCACCGGCUUUGGCUUCUCUGUCUUCCAGGCAGAGGAUGACGCUGAUGACGACUUCUCCCCGUGGCAGGAAGGGACCAGCCCAGCCCUGGUCUCCAUCCCCAACCCAGUCUUUGGCAGCAGUGAUGCCUUUUGUGAGCCCUUCGAUGACUCGCUCUUGGAGGAGGACAUCCCCGACACCCAGAGGAUUCUCGCAGUCAAGUGAUGCUGCAGAGGCGCAGCGGGAGAG